CUGCACCCUGUGCAGGUCUAAACAGGAAACAAACUCAGCCCGGUGUUGAUUCCGAGCUUUUUCUUUCUUCAUUUCGUCCUCGUGGGCUCGAGGAGAGGAAAUAAUGGGGAAGCGUCUCCUCUUCCUCCUGGUGGCUCUUCUCUGUGUGAGGGGGUCCGUCCUGAAGGGAGGGAAAAAUAAAAGCAAAGUGGCGUGGAACAGGUCCGAGCCGGCGGUCGUGGUGCCCAGAACGUUUCUAGGGGAACUGAACCCGAUCCAUCAGCUCAACGGGACUCUCGUUCCGUCCCGGUCCCCUCCGGUGCUGCGGUUGCUAAGCAACGGCACAGCCGAGUACCUCCGCGGCCCUCUGAGCACGCGGGUCAUCCCCACCGUUUACCUGCUGCUCGUCGCCGUGGGGAUCCCGGCCAACGUGGCCAUCCUGUGCGCGCUGGCCUCCAAGGUGCGGAAGGCGUCCUCCGCCAUCCUGUACUGCAGCCUGGCCGCGUCCGACCUGCUCCUCCUCCUCUCCCUCCUCUUCAAGGCCCACUACCACCUCCGCGGGAACCAGUGGGUGCUCGGGGAGGCCGCCUGCCGGGUGGUCACGGCCUGUUUCUACGGCAACCUCUACUGCUCAGCCCUGACGCUGGCCUGCAUCGGGGUCAACCGCUACCUGGCCGUGGUGCACCCGUUCGCCUACAAGGGCCUCCCCAAGAGGGCCUCCGCGGCCUGGGUCAGCGUGGCCGUGUGGGGGGCGUUCGGCGCCGCCGUCGUCCCCGAGCUGCUCGUCCAGCAGAGCUACCGGCUCCUGGAGGUGGACCGCGUCACCUGCCACGACGUGCUGCCGCUGGGCCGCCGCUCCCACGGCUUCCUCGUCUACUACAACCUGUUCCUCGCCGCCUUCGGCCUGCUGGCCCCCCUGCUGGUCACGGCGGCGUGCUACGCCCGGAUCGUGCGCGAGCUCAACCGGUCGCACCACGACUGGUCGAUGUACGUGAAGGCCAGCUCGCUGGUGUUCGUCAUCUUCGUGCUGUGCUUCGCCCCCGCCGGCGUCCUGCACUUGCUGCACCACGUGCAGCUGUUGGCGCGCGGGACGGAGGGCUUGUACGUGCACUUCAACGUGGCGGCGUGCCUGUGCUGCCUGCACGCCUGCCUGGACCCGUUCCUCUUUCUCCUCAUGUCCAAGUCUGCAGCCUCCAGGCGCUACUCCAGGACCUUCAAGGGCAAGACCCUCAGCCUGUCCGUGUGAGGCCCCCGCGCAGAGGGACCACAAGGACCACAAGGACCCAUGUGUCGCUUUAAAUCUGCUCUUUAACAGUAAAACAGGAGGUUUUUGUGCAGUAAUAUAGUUAUGUGUAAUUCAGAGACGCAACAAGGAGUUUAAAUAUAUGUAUUAAAUAUGUUAAUGGAAGGUUUAGGAGAGUAAAUAAUGAACAUUCAUGUCUAUCACAUAUUUUUAUUCUGUAGAGUUUGGGGGACUUAAUGCUUCAAGUUCACAGCUGACGAUGAACAACAGGAAACAGACUUUAGACAAAUAGUUUCCUGUAUCUGCUAAAAUAUAACGUGUCUGAGAUACUUUGUGUUUAAUGGCAGAUUUUACACACACACACACACACACUUGUAAUCGUUUCAGAUAUCCGGUGCUUUGCUAAUCUCUUCUUUUGAACUCUUUGGAGAAGAGUCGAAGAGAAGAGACAUAAUUUAGUGCCUCUGGAAGAAAAAAACAACUCCCCCGGUGGAGAUGUCAUUUCCUGCCAAGCCUGCAGGAUGUAGGGUGACACACACACACACACACACACACACACACACACACGGAAAUGGAAAAGACUGAAAUGAUUUACACGGGACUUUUAACAUCUAAACAUUCAUUGCUAAUAUGUAUCUGAUGUAAAGAAACGACCUUAAACGUUGAAAUGGUUGAACAUUUAGCACAUUUAUUGUUGCAUUUCUAAGGUUUUCUAGCCCUUGAAAUGUAACAUUAACAAAACUCAUGUAGUUGACGCAUUAACAGCUUAAGGUGAAGGUCACGUGACCAGCUGAGCCUGCAGACUGAAACACUGCAGAUAAAGUGAAACAGCUGGAAAGCUUAAAAGGGGCCAGCUUGCUAACCUGGUUUUAUGUCUUCAUUGGGUCAAUCAUGGUUCUCCCCCAUGACGCUGCCUCUUAUUGUGAAAGUCUAAAAUUAGCCUGGUGAAUGUGAAAGAUGUUCAUCUCCCCCCGAUAAGAGCGACUCGUCCCUCUGAGGCCCCGGAGAGAUUCCAUCAGCUCUGCUUCAGUUUCAUCAUCUCAAUCCACCUGCAGGUUUGUGUAGUUUUUACAUUUCAACAAACGGAUUUGUUUCCCCUUUAAUAACAAACAAAAGCCAUUUGAACUAAUCCAUAAAAAACCCAAAUAGCAAAGACAGCGAUGGAUUGUCUGGUAAUAAAAACUAAAGCCUCUCGUA